AUGCUCAGCGCUGACGAGCCCAUGUUGAGCACAACCGCCGCUUGCGGGAGGUUGACCUGCAUGGGAUGCGCUGCCUGGGCGCGCUUGCUAUACGCCGAUCUCACGGCCCAUGUUGAGCACGACCGCCGCUUGUGGGAGGUUGACCUGCAUGGGAUGCGCUGUCUGGGCAUGUUGCUGUGCGCUGAUCUUGAUGCCUCCCCUGCUGAGCACGACCGCCGCUUGCGGGAGGUCGACCUGCAUGGGAUGCGCUGCCCUGCCGUGGAAGCCACGCCCCCCGUCGCACCCACCGCGGUUGAGGCUCUUCUGAUGGGCAUGGGCAAGAGCCGCGCCACAGCUAUCUCCGGCGACACGGUGGCCUUUUUGUAUCCGCUGCUGGUAGACGCCGGCCUUGCCGCCCAGGACGCCAGCCUAGAAGACAAGGCCAAGGCGAUUGGCCUUUUUUCAAAGAAGAUCAAGCAAGACAACCCCACGGGUUGGUGGAUCAAUAGGCCAACGUGGUCCCGUCUCCAGAAGAAGCGCGUCAAGCACCACAUUGGGCUCCAGUCUGGCAUCAUCGCUGCGAUCAGCGAUGGCAGUCUUACCACGGCCGACUUCUCGGUCGACCCGCAGCCCUCCGCCAGCCGCCCGGUUGUUCACAUCGUGGUGCCAACGCCCGCCUUGUGCGAUGGCUGGGAGGGCAAGAUGGUCUAUGCCGGGUUUGGGAAGAGGCCGGCAAAGGCGAGGGGCCUGGAAAGGCUUGAGCAAGUUGAACCCCAGGCGGGGGCCAACUCUACAUCCGCGACGAGCACGGUGCCCUUGUGGCCACAAUCUCGUACAAUAGCGCGAGUCGUCACAAACACGACCUGCGGCUGGGGCUCAUCGUCGAGUCCUGUGGAUCCCGGCUGGCUGUGGUUCAAUGGAAGGCCUCAAGGGGCACAAUGCACGGCGCGGGGCUUCGUCGUGGCAACAAGAACUCGGGAUAUGCCAGGGGGACGUCGCACUAUUCAAUGA